AAAAGAGUUGAAAUCAACUCUACUUUUGACCCAAAAAUCUAUAUCCAUCUCUUCUUCGUUCCCUAUGCUCUUGCGUCAUUUACAAACACCAAAAUCUUUUGUGGAAUUAUCUUUCUAAACUUGAAGCAUAAUGUUGCAUUAAUAAUCGUUUCGAUAUUUUGUGCGUAUUUUCAGGUAACAUAUAUAUAUAUAUGAAAUCCAGGUAACAUAUUUUGUUUCCAAAUCUUGCAGAUUUUCUGUGAUAUUUUUCAUCGGGUAUGGUCAAAGUAACAUCUUUUCAAAAAAGAGAUUCACAGAUCAACCCUUCUCUUAGAAAGGAAGAACACAGUUUCCGGCGGAUCGAGAAAGUGACAAUGGAGGACUUGGACUUUCCGAUUUGUAUACUUAAAAUGAAUCUGCAGUGCUGUCGGGACUGCCCGUUGCGGGUCAAGAAACUCCUCCAGAAAGUAACGGGAGUUUACGCCAUAACCAUAGAUCCGAAGGAAGGUAUUGUAUUGGUCUCCGGCACCGCAGAGCCUCGGGUUCUCAUCAAAGCCGUCGAAGAAAUCGGAAAAAGUCCAGAGCUUUACGCCUAUGAGAAGGACCCAUCUAAGGCCAAGCUCCGAUUACGCGCCUUACUCAAGCGUUACGCCGACGCCGACGCCGACGACCGCGACGAACACUCUUCCUCCGCCGCCUCCUCCUCCUGCCGCGUCGGUGAAACACUUGGCCAGAGAAGGUUCGGCAUGAACCCCCGAAUAUUAGGGCAUCCUCCGCCGCCGCCGAUGCCGAUGUUCAGGCUGCCUCCACAGGUGGGGCCGCCCGCAUACGAGCAGCCGGUGGUGGCGGCGAGGAAACAGCCGGCUCCUUACCCCUUCGACUUCUACUCGGAGAAGGAGUUCCCGUCUGGCGACUCUCUCUUUCACUAUUUCAGCGACCAACAUGCUCAAUCCUGCUCCAUCAUGUAAUGCUUCCUUUUGCUUGUGAAAAUGGAAUUUGUAGAAUUAUUCUGUGUUUAGUCCUAAUUUGAAAUACUGCAGCUUAAAUUUUUUGCCCAAGCCAAAAUUUUAUUGGGCGGGCCACUUCCAUUGUGUUGUUUGUAUAUUUUCGUGAUUAGGCCACUUGUCUUGUUUAUAUGUUGUUGUAUAUAUUGG